AUGGCCGUCGAGUCGGUCGACGGGCCCGAGGCGGAGGACGUGUGGCUCGGGGCGCAGUGGGAGGCGGCGUGGCCAGGGCGGCGGGACCCGAAACUCGUCGUGUUCGCGGGUGGAGACGACGCGGUGGGGAGGUCCAGGAGCCUCACGGACGACGACCUGGAGGAGCUCAAGGGAUGCGUUGACCUGGGCUUCGGCUUCAGCUGCGACGAGAUCCCCGAGCUCCGGAGCACGCUCCCGGCGCUCCAACACUGCUACUCCAUGACCCAGCGCCUCCAACCGGCUGCCGCCACCACCCCGCCACCUAGGCGCCCGAGUGGAUGUGCCGCCUUGAUCUUCUCUGGGUCUGAUGCGAGCAUUGGAUGGGAGCAGAAGCCGAGGGUAAUCCCCCACCACAGCACGCCGCCGGUGAGCCCGCGACCACGGCAAGGGCGCAACCCAUCUCCCCAGCGCAUUUCGCCAGUUCCUCUCCUAGAAGCAGUGCAAGGUGUUCUCUCCUCCAGUGGAGCACAUUAUCAAGCUGCCCUGCUCCCCUCGACCGACGAUGGCCCUGCUCCCCGCGACCAUGGUGGCAUCAGGCCCUCUGUCGGCCGCUGCUGCCUGGUCACGGUCGCGGCCAGGCCAGGGAUGAGUUGUCCUACAUAUGAUGAUCUGUUCAAGGCGCAUGGACAGCCCUCCUCUUUGAUGUUUCUGAAAGCUAACAUGAAAAGAAUGGAUCUUAACGGUAGUGGAAAACUUAAAGCCAAUAACAAGGCAACUAACAACUAG